AGCCAUUGAGCCGGGCCUGGGUGGGUGACACAGGCGAGACGUCAAGCGCUGGGGGCUGGGUCUGAGCCACGCCACGCCCAUGCGUGAAGGGGCGCGGCUGCGCAGCGCUGGCGCCGGUUGUCCCAGCUCCCCUCCCCUCCAGUCUGUGCAGGCCGGGCGGGGACCCGAGCUGCGAAGGAGCAGACGCUGGAGCGGUUGCAGGAGGACCCUGGGCUGCAUCUGCGGUUGCCAGGUAGGUGGAUGUGAGAGGCCUGCUCCUCAUUCUCUAGAGGCCAUCCCGUCGCCGCUGGCACCAUGCUGUCCCCUCAGAGGGCUUUACUCUGCAACCUCAACCACAUCCACCUCCAGCAUGUCUCUCUGGGCCUGCACUUGUCCCGCCGUCCGGAGCUUCGGGAGGGGCCCUUGAGCACAUCCCCUCCCCCAGGUGACACUGGGGGCAAGGAGAGCCGGGGCCCCUGCAGCGGGACCUUGGUGGACGCCAAUUCCAACAGCCCAGCCGUUCCCUGCCGAUGUUGCCAGGAGCAUGGGCCAGGCCUAGAAAACCGGCAGGACCCAGCACAGGACGAAGAGGGGGCUGCCUCUCCCUCAGACCCGGGUUGCUCCUCCUCUCUCAGCUCCUGCUCAGAUCUUAGCCCUGAUGAGUCCCCCAUCUCGGUCUACUCCAGGGACCUCCCUGGCAAUGAGGAUGUCCACCCUCAGCCCAGCAUCAUUCCUCUGGAGCAAGGCUCCUCACUGGCUUCUGCAGGUCCAGGCGCCUGCUCCCCAGACAGCUUUUGUUGCUCUCCUGAUUCCUGCUCUGAAGCUUCCUCUCCACCUGGCUCUGGCCUGGACUCCAACUGCAAUGCCCUGACCACCUGCCAGGACCUGCCUUCCCCAGGACUAGAGGAAGAGGAUGAGGCUGAGGAGCAGGACCUCCCUACCUCUGACCUCCUAGAGGCUGAUGAUGGGAAAAUCGAUGCUGGGAAAACCGAACCCAGUUGGAAAAUCAACCCCAUUUGGAAAAUUGACAAAGAGAAAACUGAAGCUGGCUGGAAAAUCACUGAGAACAAUAACUCUGAUUGGAAAGUCAAUGGGAAUAUUAACUCUAGCUGGAAAACUGAACCUGGAAAAUUCGACUCCGGUUGGAAGACCAAUACAGGAAUAACUGAUACGGGCUCCAAAACAGAUGCAGGGAAAACUGAUGGGGAAUGGAGAAGUGACGUCAGCAAGGAGCCGGUGCCCCACCGGACAAUCACGUCCUUCCACGAGCUGGCCCAGAAGCGCAAGCGGGGCCCAGGGCUGCCCCUCGUGCCGCAGGCCAAGAAAGACCGCAGUGACUGGCUCAUCGUCUUCUCGCCAGACACCGAGCUGCCCCCCACGGGGUCGCUCGGUGUCUCCCCGGCGCCUCCCCGGGAAGUCACCACCUUCAAGGAACUCAGGUCCCGAAGCCGGGCCCCGCCCCCGCCAGUCCCGCCCCGAGACCCCCCAGCUGGCUGGUCCUUGGUCCCGCCCCGGCCCCCACCUCCACCCGUCCCUCCACGGAGGAAGAAGAACCGACCUGGGCUGCAGCCCAUAGCAGAGGGGCAGCCCGAAGAGGGCAGGGCAGGGAGCCCAGCUGCUGGUGAGGAGGCCCCAGCCGCAAAGGAGCCGGAGGAACCAGGCCCGCAGGCCGGCGUUGAGGCCAGUCCCCUCCCGCUCCCUCGGCCUCUGGUUUUCCGGUUCUCGGCUGACGGGCGCCCCCUGUUGGAGGGUGGGGGCGCGGCCGCAGCUGGGUCUCUGCUCCUGGCGCCUCUGGCCGGCUGGCCCGGCUGGCCCGGCGCUGGGCUGCGGCUACUGGGGGCGCCGAGUCCCCCAGAGGAGCAGCUGCUGCCUGUCCGCCUGUCCCCGGUGGGGGCCUAUUCGCCUCCGGCUAGGGGGGACCUGCCUUGCCUGGCCAGCCCUGAGCUGGCACUGCUGCUGUCCCCGCUCUUUCCCAGAAGUAGCACCUUCCCCGCCGCGGCUUCCCCACUCCGCCAGGUACCCGCCCCCCCGCUGCCACGGCCACCUCGUCCGCCGAAGGCCCCUCGCUGGACCAGGAGCCCACCGCCUCCUCCCAGGCUACUCCGUAGUUCCUGGUCGUUCACCGGCGUCCCCGGGGACCAGCGACUGUGGAUGGCAGAAGCCCAGAGUGGGACUGGCCAGCUGCAGGAGCAGAAAAAAGGUCUCCUGAUAGCUGUCAGCGCUUCAGUGGAUAAAAUCAUCUCGCACUUUGGGGCCGCCCGGAACUUAGUGCAGAAGGUGAAGGCCCAGUUGGGGGAUAGCCGUCUGAGCCCAGAUGUGGGGCACCUUGUGCUGACCACCCUUUGUCCGGCCCUCCAUGCCCUGGUGGCCGACGGGCUGAAGCCUUUCCGGAAAGACCUCAUCACUGGGCAGCGCCGGAGCAGCCCCUGGAGCGUGGUGGAGGCGUCUGUGAAGCCAGGCUCCAGCGCCCGUUCCCUCGGAACCCUGUAUGGCCAGGUCAGCCGUCUGGCCCUGCUAAGAAGCAGCCGUAGCCGCUUCCAUGCCUUCAUCCUGGGCCUCCUCAACACUAAGCAGUUGGAGCUGUGGUUUUCCAGUCUCCAGGAAGAUGCAGGCCUGCUGUCCCUUCUGUACCUGCCCACCGGCUUCUUCUCCCUGGCCCAGGGCGGCUGCCCCUCCUUGUCCACGGAGCUGCUGCUCCUGCUGCAGCCGUUGUCGGUGCUCACCUUCCACCUGGACCUGCUUUUUGAGCACCACCACCACCUGCCCCUGGGCCUGCCUCAGGCCCCUGACCCCCCAGGCUCGCCUCCAGCCCUGCAGCAGACUGUGCAAGCCAUGCUGCACUGGGGGGGUCGGCUGGCCCAGAGCCUCCGGGGGGCUUCUGGGGAGACCCCUCCAGGCCCUUCGGCCCCCUCAAGCCCUCCUACCCCAGGCAGCUGGUGGGAGCAGCUGACCCAGGCUUCCCGGGUCUACGCCUCUGGCGGCACCGAGGGCUUCCCUCUUCCCCGAUGGGGAUCGAGGCAUCACAGGACUGCAACUGAGGUCGCACAGGAGAGGUCCCUGCCCACAGAGGAAGCUGCACCAGGCAGAGGCGUAUGGCUGGGGAGACUGUUUGGAGUGCCUGGGGGCCUCACAGAAACUGAGAGUGGAGCCCCAAAGUCCAGGAGACCAUCCAGCUGGCUGCCCCCGACAGUGAGUGUGUUGGCUCUGGUGAAGCGGGGGGCACCUCCCGAGACUCCCUCUUCUCCUAAGGAACUUGAGGUCUCGGCACCCAGCACAGCGCAGACCCACAGGGCAGUCCGAGCUCUCUGUGACCACAAUGCUGCAGGACCUGACCAGCUGAGCUUCCGGCAUGGGGAAGUGCUGCAUGUCAUCGCGACUGUGGAUGAGGACUGGCUCCGCUGUGGGAAGGAUGGAGUGGAGGGGCUGGUGCCUGUGGGGUACACCUCUCUUGUUCUCUAGGCCUAGGACCUUUUCCUUUCCUGCACCUCUCUCCCUCCUGUCACCUGGGAAUGGAAUGGCCUGUGAGCUCUCCCCCAUGUAAACUGAUCAUCCCCGAAGUACUUUCCCUGUCUACAAAAUGACACUUUCCUCCCACAUCCAUUUCUGCUAACAUGUAAAAUAAACUUUCCUCCUUCCCUCCCAUACCCAUCUAUAAGGUGAAAUCUGCUCUUCUUCCAGAUGUAUAAAAAGGCAUUUCCCUCCAUGCAAUCUCUUUCCUCUUUCCAACCCGCAGUAGGGAAUAGCUCCCUAUCUGCAAAAUGCAAAUCUCGCCCCCCUCUAUCUUUUUCAUCUGUAAGUAGACUGUGGCAGUGCAGUGUAUGCCUCAGUUUCCAAGACUAGAAGGGCCUCUAGGCUUCUUCCUGUGUAUGGAAACUUUACCCACUUCACCCAUCCCAUGUUGCCUGUAUUUAUGAUAUACUCAUGCUGUACUAGGUGCUGAAGUCUGGACACCCCUGGCGGGUGGGCCUGUGGUGUCGGUCUGCCUUCUUCUUCCUUUGUCCCAAUAAAGAGUGGGAGUUGAACGUGUCUGUCACUGUCGGUUUCAGGACAUAGGCUAGGGGGGAGGGGAGGGAGGCCAUAUUAUGGGGCGCCCAAGGGAGAUGCUUCCUUCCUAGCCCAGGUCUAGUUCUUUCUGUUCCCUUAGGAAUGAUGAAGUAGUCCCCAAUUGGUGCCUGACUUGCAGGAAGUGCCUCUCUAGCCUGAGACUUGAUAUCUUUGCUUGGUGAGACUGAUAUGGUAGGAGCCUGAGGAGAUAUGGGAGAGAUGGGAAGACUUAGUCCAUGAAAUUGUACUUAUCAGACUAUCUGAGGUGAUGGGAAGGAUUAAAAGGUUUUAAGAAGGGACACAUUUUUUUCUAUUUAAUAUCACCAUUCUGUGGUGCUAUAAUUUUAGGAAGCAUAAUAACUUAACAUCUAUUACUUUGUUAGGAGUUAAUGAGUUUCAGGCCUUUGAAAUGAGAAUAGCUAAAUGCUCUAGAGCUUGGAGGAUGGGGCUGGAAAUCACUAUAAAUGAUUGCCUAGAGGAGAAUCACUAAAAGGUUAGAAAAAUAGAAAGCUAUAAUUAUAACCAGGCAACAGGAAAGUUAGGGAGAAGCUGAGAACUAUGAGGUGAAACAGAGGAAAGAAAUUUUAAGUUUUCCUUCAUCUUUGGGAACUUGGUUAAGAGCACAAUGGGCUGGUGUUAGGAGAAAGGACUUGAGGAAAUAAAAAUCUUAGAUCUGAAGCUUUGGAAAUACUCAGGGGCAGGGUUGGUUAGAAUCAGAUGUCUCAUACUUUUGCCAUUUUCUAAGAUUUAAUGCUCCCCAUUCCUGGCCAAUUUAUGUUAUUCAUCUGCUCCUUGCUUUAAUUUUGCUUUUUGUGUUUGGCAGCCCUCUCAGUUUUGGACCUUAGUUUGCGUUUCAGGUGUUUUCUAGGGUGAUGUUUUUCAAACUGGAUUCUGAGAGCCUCUGGGAAUUCAUAGUUAUAUUCUUAAGAGCGGGAGUACUCAAGUUUAUGAUGCGUCUUCAAUUGCAAAUUACUCCUGCAAAAAGAAGUUCUGUUUUUAUAAAGUUUUAAUUUAUAAAAGAGUAGAUAUAAAAGAUGACUUUGGGACCAAUAUUUCUUAAAGUGAGAUCUACAGAGUAAUCUUUGUGGGGGGGCAUGAUUCUAAAGUUUUAGAAAUCCUUUACUGAUAUAGAGCUUUAAUUUCCUGUGAUUCAACCUGCCCUCUCCUUUUCCUGACUCCUAUCCCUAUGUGCCUGGUUUUAUAGUGGGUAAUCCUCAAAAGUGGGAGGAGUCAUAGAACAAUACUGUCAGAGCAUCAGUGAGAUAUGGUGAUAUUGGCAGUUGGAGCCUAAUGGUUCUCAGGUAACAGAACAGGGGACCUCCUUGCAGGACAUCUUGAGAUAGGACAAACACUGAUAUGAAAUUAGUUUUGUACUAUUAUCAUUACAUAUUAUCUAGAAUAGAACAGCUGUAAGUAGGUAUUAAAGGGAUAUUAAAGGUUAAAAAAUUAAAGAUUAAAAAAACUACUAAUGUAUUGUUUUUGCAGCCAUGAAUAGACUGUUGUGUGAUAGUGGGACGAACCCCAAGUUCUUGUAGGAGUGGAGAUUGAGCUCUUGCAGUCAACUGUCUUGAUGCUUCCGAGCAACUAUAGUCUAGCUGACUCAAACCCUAAAUGUCUGACUCCUGUCUGGGGCAAGAUUUUGUUAGGUCUUUCGGUUGUUGGCAGGAAUGGAUUUAUCUUCCUUAGUAGGAUCAUGCUUUGGCUAUUUCUGACACUUUCCUAUUUGCAGAUGAACAUAAAGAUUUUGGAGUUCUGGCUCCAACACUAGUUACUAGGUGAUCUUUGGCAAGUUAUACUUAACCUUCCAGAGCUUCAGUUUUUGCUUCUACAAAAAUGGGUAUAGUAACUACAGAGGGCUAUUAUGAGGAUUAAUUAGCUACAAGAUCUUGGGUGAGUUACUUAACCUCUCUGUUGCUUCAGUUUCCUCAUCUAUAAAAUUUGGUUUUGGUACCAACCAAAAAGGCUGUUGUGAAGACUAAAUAAAUGAAUACGUGUAAAUUGCUUACAGUGGAAAUGGUCUAACAUAGUGGCCUAGAAAAUGUAGCAUAAACUUAUGAUGUCUAUGUGUCACAAGCGGUAGAGGUGUAGAAGAUUAUUAUGUUGAUUGGCUAGGCUGGUCCCAGACCAAAAAGAUUGUAAUAUUGAGGAAAUGGCUUUAUCUGAUAGUCAACAGCAGUUAGCGUGCCCACGUGGGGCCCAGGAUGCUGAUGAUGUGGUUUUAAACAGAUCUCUUUGGAAACACGAUGGAGAAGAUCCUGAAAGACAACUGGAGGAUAGGAAGAGGAAAAAAAUAGCAAGCUCAUCACUCUGUAGUUAGGAAAAGUUUUUUCCAUUUAAUACUAGACUUUCAAGGAUUGAGAUGCAAGCUUUUUAUGCAAUUACAUCCAAUGUUAAAAUUGGUAAUACAUAAUUUACAAAGAUUAACAUCAAAACAAUCAUCUAUUUAGAUAUGCUUUUGUAAAAAGGAAAUAUAUUAGCAGCAUUUAUAUUUUCCGCAAUCACACAGCCUACAGACAUGCAGACUAACUCUGUAUCUAUUUGCAGUGAUGUAGUGCUUUGCCCCGCAUUUCAAACACCAAAACCCGCCUGGCAGCUAGGGGGUUCUUUUUAUUCGUUAUUAUAAAACAACCGAAAAAUAAAAAAAGGCAUUAAUUUCUACACCAGUAAGAAAAAACAAGUUUUUGCACUUACCUAACAUUUGAUUGUCUAAAAAACAUUUCAGUUUUUAGUCUUUCAACAAAAGAAAGAUAAAAUGACAGAGCGUAGUGUCUUUUGCUUCUGUUCUCGCAUUUUACAAAGUUUUUUUUUCUUUUUUCGUCUUUUUUAAAAUUUUAGCGUUUAACACUAUUAAAGGAAAUAUUGAAUUUUAAUCUCUUUCUUGUCAUUUUCCUGCUUUGACUAAAAGGAGACCCCCAAAGUGCCCCUAUUCCCACCUCCCUCCCACCCGGCUCCCUGCAAUGAAAACCAAAAGAAACCACUCAAACGGGCUUGGACAUGCGAUUUUCCCAGCUCCACACGUGAGUAUCUUAUACCCAGGUCUCUUAGUAAUGUACAGUGCUUCUCUACAGUAAGAAAAUACUCCAAACUAUUUUCUUAAUUCUCUUUUUUCUUUAAUAAAAUAUUUAUUCUGCUUUUUCUCUGCUCAAGGGGGAUCUUUGGCAUCCCCUGUCUCUUUUGUUUUUUUUGUUUUUUCCUCAAGAUUGACACAGAAAGGAGAAAAAGAAAGAUUCAAUGGAAUGGAAGGUGGUCAAUGUUUCUACCUAAACAAGUCAGAGCGUCGUCAUCAUAAGAGGAAAUGUACAAUUAGGAGAGCAUUGGUCCAAUAUUAGAAAAAAGUAAUGGGAAAAUGUUUAACUAUUGUAUUGCUUACUAAUCACGCAGCAGAUAUAUAUAUAUAUAUAUACAUACAUAUAUAUAUACACACACAACUUGGCACAUUUAAAAACCAUCUUUUCUCUUAUAAGAACACCUAAAACGUAUAUGCAUAUGUCUGUCUGAAAAGACAACAAAGCAAAGCUUUUUAAAUUUUAUUUUUAAAGAGACAGUAUUAUCUGGUAACUUCUGGUCAAGAGAAUGGGAAGGAAGGUGACACCCUGGAUAUCCCUCCUGAAGAUGAAGUCAUCAGGAAGGUGGAGGAAAGAUGGAACUAGGGGUGGGGAGAAUACACUGUCUCUUUAAGAGAUGGACAUUGAAAACUGUACAAGUAAAACAAGAAGUAGUGUUUUCAAUUGAUAAUCUACACUCACAACAAAUACUCUGAUAGGUGAAUACUGCUCAACAGUUUAUGUAGUGACUUUUGUUGGGGGGUGGUUAGAGUUCAUUUUUAUGUAGGUUUUAAAAUGAUUUUUCUUUGAAAUGAAUCUCCAUUCGCACAGCACAGCAGACACACAAGAACCAUAGCGCAUAAACAGCACGUGUGCUGGCGGGGGCCUGGGCUUCUCAUUAGAAAAAAAUAUGUUCGGCAGGUUAUGAAGGUUAAAACAAAAAUAGUUACAAUAAGUACUGUGCCCUUCUGACCCCAUGGGGGCCUUCCCUAUUCCAUGAUUCCAUUUGGGGGAGUAGAGGUAGGGAGGGGGCAGCAGUUACAAGUGCUUUGAGUUGUCAACUCACAUUUUACUUUGACCUGGUUGGGCAAAAGAGGAGAGAGAAACUUUUCCUAGUCAGGGAUUUGGAACAAGGCCCAGCUACUGUUUCUGUUUUACGUCUCGGGUAGCUCUUGGAGCCUAUAGAGAACAGACAGGGUAGGGGUGGGGAUCCUGGCCCUAUCCCUUUGGAGUUUGAGUUAUACCUGGGUAUAGGAAGCAGCUUCUUAGCAAUGCCUACAGGAUCAGAGGAUGACACAGAAAAACCCAAGCUGUGGGGAGGGUCAAGUGCUGUAAAGUACCAAAAGAUUCUGGUCAUCCCCAAUGUGCUCUGCCCUCCACCCUACAU